AGAUUCACAUGAAAUCAGCUGAGAAGCCCCACGAGCCUCAUGUGCUGUGAAUUGGUUCUCCACUGAGCUGCAAUGCAGUACCUAAUCGCGCUGGGUGGCUUGGUGGUGCUCGUGUCGGCCAUCUUGGCGGCCAUGGGCUUUCAUGGCCGGCCGCAGGUCGUUGGCAUCGACUUGGGCACCACCUUUUCGGUGGUGGCGUUGAAAGCAACGGAUGGCACCGUCUCGAUUAUUCCGGACCAUGUCACUGGCAAGCAGCUAUUACCGUCAGUGGUGACCUACAAGUCGGACGGCAAAGUGCUGGUUGGUGAUGUGGCGGUAGCUCAAAGAGGACGCUCUCCGGAGCGAACCAUCUUCAACGCCAAGCGCUUCAUUGGUCGGGAACUGGGAGAGGUAUCGCAGGAAAGUGCAGAGCAUGCGUACCGAGUGGUUGGAAAUUUCACUGAAAACUCCAGGGAACCCAACGCCUCCAGCCUUGCUUCUCCGGCUGGAUUUGCCAUUGAGCUCGACGGCAAGAAAGAGAGGUGGGUCUCACCGAUUGAUGUAGGAGCAGAAGUAGUGGCGCACAUGCGACGUUCUGUCACGCAACAUCUCGGAGACAUCCUCAGCAUCCGGAGAUUCUUGGAGCCAAACAGCGAACUUCUCCGGCGCCCCGAAACCGCGUUCCGCGCAGCAGGUUUCGAGAUCUCACGAGCCGUCAUUUGCGUCCCAGCAAAAUUUGGCUUUCCAGAAACGAAGGCCACCCAAGAGGCCUUCGAACGAGCUGGCAUGAAAGUCAUGCGAAUUUUGGAGGAACCCACGGCCGCAGCGAUUGCCUACAAUCUCCACAAAGGUGAAGGAGUGAGACAUGUUCUCGUCUACGACAUUGGUGGGGGUACGUUGGACACAUCCUUGCUGUAUAUGAAUGGCAAUGCUGUGAGCGUCCUGAGUGUGGCUGGAGACGACCACCUCGGAGGGUCCGACUUUGAUAUUCAGAUGCGACGGCUACUCGAGUCGAAAUUAGAACGUGGUGAUGUACAAAUCGCGGACUCGGAAACUGCAAAGGAAAGCUGCGAAAGCUCUGGCCUUCACAUCCUGGCAGAGGAUGCCAAGAUCCGCUUAAGCAGCGAGCAAAAAGUGGAGACGAGAUGUCGUGCAUCAGAUGGAAAAGAUCGGAUUUUUGCCAUUGGCCGCCAGGAGUUUGAGGAUGCUUCCUCCGAACUCUUUAGUCGCGCCAUGGCUCCUGUCCAAAAGGUCCUAGAUGAUCAGAUGAUGACCACGGACUACAUCAACGACGUGGUGCUUGUUGGUGGUGCGUCACGCACACCCAAGUUGCGAGAGCUGUUGCAAGACUUCUUUGGGUCCUCCAAGCGUCUCCACACGGAGAUCGAUCCGGACAUCACCGUGGCUUGGGGUGCAGCCAGCGUGCUUGAUUAGUGAAGCCGAUGGGCUUCACGAUGUUAAUGAACCAGGGCACUUGCGACGGCUUAGGGCUUCGCAAGGCCCUUCUUAGCCGCCAGCUGUACAGUGAGGCACAGCCAUCCAUGGCCCAUGGCUAUCCAUGGCACUCCGCUAUGCUUGGCAAGAACUUGGAGCCCAAGGCACAUGGCAUGCUAUGCCAGUCCUUGAAAAAACUCUGGCUGCGAGGCCACAGAAGAAAAAA